UUGUUUAAUAUCUAUAUAAUCCCAAGAGAGUUCUUCCUGCCUUCCACUUCCAAGCCCCUCUUCAGCUAGUCGGUGGAACUCCAUUAAUGCCUAACAUGUUCAGUGGUAGCUCUGAGCUUCCUCAGAAAUCCUUCCAAAUCAAGCAAGAUGACAAGUUCUUCUCUCGGCUUCUUUCCAAGGAGAGCUCCAUGGCAAACUCUUCGUUUCGUGUGUAUUAUGGCGGUGUUUCUGUUGCAGUCCCCUUCAUGUGGGAGUCUCAGCCAGGUACCCCUAAGUAUUCCUUCGGCGAAACUACUCUUCCUCCGCUCACUCCUCCUCCUUCUUAUUAUUCAAAUUCUGAACAAAAACCCAUCAAGACACGCUACUCAAAAUUCAAUCUUUUCAGCUUUCGUUUCUCAAGAAUCAACCCCAAGAAAACCAAUAAUGGCGCUGCUUCUUUUUCUACUUUGUCGCCAACUCCAUCUUCUGCUUCGCUUUCGUCGUUAAAUUCUUCCAGUUUUCUUCCAUCUACUCCUCGUGAACGUAGCAGGUUUUCUAGCCUUGGCUCAUCGUUUGAUUCAAGAGCAUAUGAUGAAGUAGCCUUUGCAUCACCUACUUCAAAUUCUACGUGUUUUGGAGAUAGUAAAAGAACUAGAAAUGGGCUUAAACUUAAAGGAUGCUACGCUUGGUGGUGAAACAAUCGUAAUGAUUUGAUCUUAGUCAUGGAUCUUACUGGCGUAGAUAAAAAAAUCUGUACUUGCUUUUAUCUUUUUCUUUCUUUCUUUUUUGGAGUUUUCGGCAGCCUUCUUCUUGUGUAUAUGAUAUAUAGUGGCUUCAGCUACGAAAAUCACUACAAUGUAUUACGUGAAUGCUACUUGUUCAAACAUAGUAUAAAUAUAUGAGAUUUAUAUAAAUUAUAUUAUUAUUUUA